AUGUCUUCGAUAACCAUCGAGGUGGGACUCAUCAGCGGCAGGACCGUGGCCGUAGAGACAGAGUUGGAUGCAACCGUGGAGUCCUUGAAGCAGCAAGCGCAGACGGCUCUUGGGGUGGGGAGAGGAAGGUUGUCGAAUUCGGCGGGAGAGGUUCUGGACGGAACAUCGACGAUCAACGACUGCGGACUGUGUUGUGGGGACCUGCUGACCUUGCAGAUAGGUUUAGUGCAAGUUACGUCCUCUAGCAAGGCAGCUGCUACGAUUCUGGGCGAUGGACGUGUUGUGACCUGGGGCAUGCAGUUUGGUGACAGUAGCGCCGUGCAAGAUCAGCUCAGAAAUGUGUGGCAGAUUCAGACUACAGAGUUUGCGUUCGCUGCCAUUCUGAGUGAUCGAUCGGUCGUGACUUGGGGAAGUAGUUCUCAUGGAGGCGAUAGCGUCGCAGUGCAGGAUCAGCUCAAGAAUGUACAGCAGAUCCAGGCUUCGUAUGGAGCUUUCGCUGCAAUCCUCGCAGAUGGAUCUGUUGUGACCUGGGGUGCUUCCUACUUUGGCGGCGACAGCACCCACGUGCAAGAUCAGCUGAAGGACGUGCGACAUAUCCAGGCGUCCAAGGCAGCUUUUGCUGCAAUCCGGAGUGAUGGAUCCGUGGUGACCUGGGGGGAUGUCUACUUUGGGGGCAACAGUAGUGCCGUGGAGGAUCCAUCGCGGCUCGUGCAAGGAAUACAUGGGGUGCCCUCCGGUCAGCUGAAUUCCGUUCAGCAGAUUCAAUCUACUGAAAGCGCCUUUGCCGCACUUCUCGCGGAUGGCUCCGUUCUAACCUGGGGUGAUGCAGGAAAUGGCGGCAACCAUGGCGACCAACUGAAAGACGUGUGCCAGAUCCAAUCUUCCCGUCAUGCCUUUGCUGCAAUCCUAUGUGAUGGGUCAGUUGUAACCUGGGGCGAUAGCUCUUCUGGUGGAGACAGCAGCGCUGUGCAAUGCAAGCUCAAGAACGUGCACAGUGUGCAGGCGACUGACGGCGCGUUUGCUGCGAUCCUCGGCAGUGGUUUCGUUGUAACCUGGGGUCAACCUGAUUUUGGUGGGGAUAGCACCUCUGUGCAAGACAAGCUGGCGAACGUGCAGCAGGUUCAAGCAUGCCGGCACGCAUUCGCCGCCGUCUUGUCCGAUGGAAGUGUUGUGGCGUGGGGCGGCCGCACUACAGGAGGCGACUGCCGAGAUGUACAAGACAAGUUGAAGCAUGUUGAGCACAUCGCCUCCGCCUGCUUCAGCUUUGCUGCCAUUUUACGUGGAGGAUCUGUCGUGACUUGGGGCGACGUCCACGGUGGCGGUAACAGCUGUGAGGUGCAACAUCUGCUGCACGACGUUCAGUGCAUCAGGGGCUUUCAAAGAGCUUUUGCUGCGAUACGCACGGAUGGAUCUGUGGUGACUUGGGGCCAUGCUGAUCCCGCAGGUGACA